AUGGCGAACGCUGCUGGGGUUGAUCUUGUUUCGGGACAUUCAUUCUUGUCUUUAAACGAAGGCCUGGCGAACCAUUUGGCCGACGGUGGUUUUCAAGCUAUGGAUGAUUUGUCGGCUCAAAUGUUUCCUUCUGUUCUGGGUGCGAUAAAUAACUGUCUGUACAAGCCUUUGAGAAGACAUCCAUUGUAUGAGGAAGUGGAAUUUAUUUGGAGCGGAAGUACGGCGGAGGGUGUGAAUAUUCCGAAUUUCGAACACGGUGGCGAUGGAAAACCCCAUCUUGAGUUUGAGAUGGAUAUUUUAUGCGUUUUUCGGGAUAUAAAAGUUGGAAGAUCGGCUGACAGCCCCGCCAUAUUGAUGAAACAAGAAGAUACUAGCGAAGGAUACUUUGUUGUGUUUUUGAAUGAUCAAAGCUAUAGACAGCGAUGGUGUGAUUACAGUAUCGUCCCAAACGAUCCAAAGCGAAAAGGCGAAAUGUACUUAAAUCCGUUACUCCUCGUGGAAGACCUUUAUAGACAAAUUGAGCACAUCUUUGCACAAAUUCCAUUGUUAAAGGAGCGAUUUAAACUAGAAUUCAACCCACCAGCUGUCACUCUGUCAAUGUCGUUGGAUUUUCAAGAAAUUACAAUCAGCUGUGACAUAGUGGUAGCACUGGAGUUGCCUUGUGAUUGUCUACCAAAGGAAUAUCCAUCUUGGAUCAAAGUGCAUGGUCGGCCAGCAUGGCUCAGUGAAAAAUCCUUCGAAGAAGUGCAACUAAAACCUCUUCAUCUUGUUGGAAAAUGUUCACCGAACGGGCAACCAAAGGUUGAAUGGAGAUUAUCUUUCAGUGUUGUAGAACUUUUCCUUAUGAAGGAAUUGGGAUUGCAGUGUCCGGCUGCUAUAUCCUGCUACAGGGUGUUUAAAAUAGUACGGUUUUUGCAUCUAAAGCACCCUGAUAUUCUUCAUUCAUAUCACUUGAAGAUGUUGUUUUUCCAAGCUUGUCACAAGCUUCCACUCAGUACUUGGGCAGAUUCCAAUCUUGCCACUGACCUGCUAGGACUACUGGAUAAUUUGAUGCAUUGCUUUAUAAUGCAGUCACUUCCAAGUUAUUUCAUCCCUGGCUAUAACUUGAUUGAAGGAGUCCAUCGUGACUUUUUAUUUACUUUAUUGCAAAAAGUGAGUAAAGUAAGGAAAAACCCCAUUGAGAGUAUUACUAAUUUAAAAAAGUGA